AUGGUCAACCCCUCAGAUAAAUAUGGGCUCUGUCCGGUCCCGUUCAUGCAGGAAGACCUCUUCCCAUCCAGUGGCGGAUUUGUGACCGGCAGAUGGUGCGAGAAAAUCCCCGUUGGUUUACAAGGGAAUAUCUCUUGUUGUCUCCCAUGCCCGCAUGCAGGCUGGAGGUACACUGAUGAGUUUUUGAAGAAAAUGGAAGUUGCGAAUUGGAUUGCAGUUGUAAUAUUCUCCUUAAACUGUCUUCUGUUGCUCAGCUUUGCGGUUUUGCCCGUGAAAUGGACGCACCGCCAUUAUCUGAGUGUCUGUUUCGUGAUCGGGAUUAUAUUUAUGGAGCUCUCAUUUAUUGUCCCGUUGAUCGCUAAACCAGACGAAUGCUUUAACGAGAUUACCCCUAACGAUAUGAAGUCGGAUCUAGCGUGUUCCUUUUCAGGCGCAUUUAUUAUAUUUGGUGGCUGGGCCGUCAUCGUAUGGAGUUUCUGUCGCGCCUUAUCACUACACCUGCAGAUAUGUUGGGAUGUUGUUCCUGGGAAUAAGUUCUUUUAUACGACGUUGACAUUAGGUUGGAUAAUACCGGCGAUUGGAUUGGCUCUUGGGUUAGCCAUAACAGGGACGUCAUAUCGAUUUGGUAGCAUAUGCCAUAUUAAUCAUGACAAUAGCUUAGCGGAUUUCUGGGGCCCAUUAAUGGCCCUAGCUGCUGCAGCGCUGGUGAUCCAGUUCGUGACGUUAGCAUAUUGCAUCCACGUCUACGUCAGAUCACUUCUUGACAACAACCCUACCACGGAUAACAGUUCUGUUCUUCCAUCGUCCCACCCCAGCAGUGUGCGGACGCUCUCAGCACGCCAAGCGUACCGUCGUGUGAAAAGGGUUAUCCAGUUGCAAUGGAGAGGAAUUGCCGUUGUGCUUACAAUUAUCGUGAACGUGAUUUUCUUCACUGUCAUAUUCCUAUCCCUGGAUAACAGUGUCAGACGGACACCGGAGCUGGCGGAAAACUCCAAACACUGGGUAUUCUGCCUUGUAUUUUCCCAUGGGAAUAAAAAAUUGUGCGCACCAAGAGCCUCACAUCUAGGCCCCAAUGAGGCGUCCAUCUUUGCCGUCUUGGUUCUUUUAGCCCUAAGUGGACUAUGGACCCUUCUCUUCCUUGGUCGAUACUCCAUGUUUCUUGGCUGGAUAGACCUCAUCAAACGAAAGACGAUGCGCAGCGGAGAAUUCGUGUCCGCGGAUGCUCGUGGUGGCGCUUCCAGCCGAGCCUAUGAGAUGAUAAACCCAUCCCGAAAAGAAGAGGUCAAGACGCCUGACCUUCUACUAUCUUCAAGCCCUUCGCAUCUCUCGAUGUCCACUCUUCGAUUUUCCAAUGGAAAAGUCGAUUCAGAAGCUUAUACUCGCGAAAUCAAAUAUACCAGUCCUGCACUUAGCUUUUCCACACCUCGUCCCCCGAGUGCUUCCCAUAAUAAUCAGCACCACCGCUACACGAACAGUCAAGAUUGGAAUCCGCAGUCAUCGUUUGCUCGGAGCGGGCCCGGAGGACCAUACUGGUAUGACGAAACCGACCCGUGA